GUGACAGACGCGGGACGACGUGCUGAAGUUCCCUGACGUCAAUCGUUGUGUUCCUUUUUUUCUCGUGAACCCUAAAAGAGAAGUUGAUGUUGAUAUGGUCCCUGGAUUACUGUAGGAUGGGUUAAAAUGCCACCCGGAAUAUUCAGUCUUCAGGGCACUGCCUGUACGGUUUGCGUGCGGGUAUUUAAGUGGUGCCCUGUGCUAUUCAUCACUGCAGUUGUGGCUUGGUCUUACUAUGCUUAUGUUAUCCAACUGUGUUUCUUCACUGUUGACAACAUAUUCGAAAAGGUUUUCUACCUUGUGGGUUACCAUGCGCUAUUUGCAACCUUCGCGUGGUCAUACUGGCAGACCAUCUUUGCAGAGCCAGGGGUCAUACCAAAGCAAUUUUAUAUUCCCCAACCUGAGGCAGAAAGGUUGGAGAAAGAGCCUAGCGUAGACGCUCAACGGCAGAUGCUUGAGCGACUGGCAAAGCAGUUGCCAGUUUCGUGCCGAACCAUAAAUGGGAUGAUCAGGUACUGCGAAAAGUGCCAUCUUGUCAAGCCAGAUCGAGCGCACCACUGCUCCGUUUGUGGAAGGUGCAUCUUGAAGAUGGACCAUCAUUGUCCAUGGGUGAACAACUGCGUCUCAUUCACAAACUACAAGUUCUUCAUCCUUUUCUUGGCAUACUCCUUAAUCUACUGCCUCUUUGUGGCCGCAACCACAUUGCAGUACUUCAUCAAAUUUUGGACGAUGCAAUGUUUUUGGGGGAGAGCACCUCACUGCUUGAGGAACGAUUUGGAGGGCUGGGGCCGUUUUCACAUCCUGUUCCUGUUCUUUGUGGCGUUUAUGUUUGCCAUCAGCCUGGUGUCGCUGUUUGGCUAUCACUGUUAUCUCGUCACAGUGAACCGCUCCACCCUGGAAUCGUUUCGUCCACCCAUAUUCCGGACUGGUCCGGACAAGAAUGGCUUCAGCCUGGGGCGCCAUGCCAACUUCAACGAAGUUUUUGGUGACGAUUGGCACUAUUGGUUCUUGCCUCUUUUCUCAAGCCUAGGUGACGGGGUGACAUACCCGACGCGAUCUCCGGCCAGCAGUUCGUACAACUCCAUGGGCAGCACUGCACAGGCGCAGGCAAGCUUGGGGGAUGGCGUGACUUACCCACAACGCAUGGUGGAUGAGGACACAGAUGGCCUGCUUAACAACCGGCAGAGGUGGGCUGAAACGGACGAGGGGGACCACUCAGAUGCCUCGCAAGCAUCUCAUUCUGUCAACCCUGACCAGCAGGUGGCGACCGCUCUCCGUGCCGACCACCUCGUAUGACAGCCAGAGUGGGAUGACCCAAGAGAAAGAUGAACUGACGCAGACAUUUGUAGCUCCCUGUUUGUGCAGGUCACCCCCGUGGGAUACGGUGACGGAGGCGACUUGUACUUAGGACAAAAACCACGUGCGCUAUGAAAUUUUGCAGAUGUGUUUUUCCAAAAACUUCGUGUAAUAUUGUACCUUGUGAUGCGACCCGUAUUGGCAGUUAGGCAGGCUCGAUGGCUGCUACGAAAUGAGUGCUUAAUUGAACCGUCUGUAGUGGCUAUUAUUCGGGUAGAGAACCUAGCUCAAAGUAGAAUUUUAUGUCAAUGAUUGAGUGCAGUGUGCAACUCAUUUCUGCUUUGCCAUUAAUACUUGUCCUCUCUUUGUUCCUCCCUUUUUGAAGGGGAUCAUGCACAAUUGGUAAUCAUUUCGUGACAUUUUUUUAGUCGUUCUAGUUUCAUCUUGUUCCUUUCUGAGUCAUGCACCAUAUGCUAAUUUAGUCUGUUAAAUGCUAAUGUAACGGUGACUUAAUUUAUGGAAGUAAUUUACAAUGUGCGUGUGUACAAACUAUUUUACUCAGUUGUCAUGGUCUAAUGCAAACAGUGCAAAACUGGUAAAAGUACAAGGAUGGCUAUUGAGUGAAGCAAAAGGCCUGAACCAAUAAGACUAAUGCUGACUACCAAAGUCUGUGAGUGCAGUAAAUGGUACAUGUACAAUAGUUAAUAGCAGCCAUAAGUGUUAGGUGACAAAGUUCCUUGCAAAGAUUGUGAAGGAAAAGCUGUUAACAUCUUAAAACCAGGGUGUCUACCAACCUGGAAAACAGGGAAUUGUCAGGGAAUUUUGAGGCGACUGGAAAAGACGGGGCGGGGGGGGGGGGGAUGUCAGGAAAUUUGCCAAAAAGCAGAUCUGUUUUAUGAGGGAUCUGUAUACAUAGCAGCAGGCAACAAGUUCCCUUAUGUUUUGGUCGGGGAAUUUGCUUGAGAUAGUCAGUGAAAACCUGGAAACGUCUGGGAAUAUGAAGGAUGCAAUUUGGUAGACACCCUGCUAAAACAUAAACAGACAUCCAUAUCUGUUUAUAUGUCAGUUUCAUCACGCUUAUGACAUUGGUGAAUGUGUUGCCCUAAUACAUUCCUGCACAUACGUGCUCCCUCUACAGUUCUGUCUAGCAGAACCCCACGUAGACGUAUGGGCAAAAGAAGCUCAGAACCGACAGAGAGUUUUGUUGUGGUGGCCAGCUAGCUGGUUGGUUGAUGGUUAAAAAACAAGGAACCUACACAGUUACGUGUGUAGUUCCAUGUCCUGUAAAGCACGAUACAAAAUACAUAGCUUUCUGCAGCUGUACAAUACUUGUUACUGAUGCAUAUACAAUGUAUUAAAAUGGAUGAAGCAGCUGUAAACUAGGAACAAUGUACAAGUAAGCUGCAGUGAUUUUAUAGACAUGUCAUGCGUAUAUCCACACCGCAAGAUUCGCAUCUCUGUAUACGUAAGGCCUUUGAUUGCUGAAUUGCAGGGUUUCCGAAGCUUUCUUAGCGAACAAACUUUAGCUGGUCGUAACUAUGAUCAAUUACAAGCUUAUAGAAACUGCAUACUUGAUUCAAUGUAAUCAGCCACUUUGUAGGUUUGGUGUGCAGUAUUUGAGGUGCUUCUAAGCACUUUUGCACUUUGCCAUUUGUUGUUCUUGCCUGUACCGAUUGUAUAGACUGUUUAUUUGAAUAUGUGAUGGACACAAAACUAUCUUUGCCACAUUAGAGGAGUGCAGUUUUUGAUACCUCCCGCAACUAAAGCUAUUUCUUUGUUGCUACCUGUGCACUACAUCUAGGCUGUACAGUGGUAUGUGGUGUGUAAAUUGCAAAGAAGUAAUUGCAUGUAAACUACUGCCACAAAUGUGACACUGUAAAUACCCCAUUGGCAUUCUUGUAAUUCAUUGAAGGGCGGCCGUUUGAACGCCUUGCAGCAGGACAACAUAAACAUGUGUACGCAACCAUAUUGUAACCACCAUAUGCAAUGUACCUGCUGCUUAUUUAUUUAGAGCGUACAAUUACAUAUUUGUGAUCAUGUACUAUUACCUAAGUUGUACUUAUCUAUCUAAACAGUAUCAUGCCCUGCAACAAGUUGAAUAAACCUUUGGAAGAAAACAGGC